UUAAGCGGUGGGCAGUUGCUUGUUUGUUUUUAUUUAUACACUGGAAUUUUAUGUGACUGACCCACAACUCUGGUCAAUGUCAAUAUCACUGUUUGUUUAAUACUAUAUUCAUUCAUAAAAGUUAUUAUCAUUUUUACUAAUAUUUGUAAUUUCAAAAACGCCAUAUUAUUCGGUUUUGUUUACUGUUUGGGCUAGUUUAAUGGUGAUAAUCCGAUACCGGUUGCAUCGCACGGCUUGAAGGUCGUUUUAUCACACAAGAGAGUGUUGUCGCAAUCCACCUAAGCGCAACUAUGUUCAGAUUGAUAAAAAAAAAAGUAAUAUGGCGUUGGCGCGAAAAGUGAUGAUGGGUUGUUAACAACAUACGCUCUGUUUUGUGUAUUUAUUUUAUAAUAAAGGACAUCUAAAUGAAAUUCAUAGUUUUCUACGACGUAGUAUUAAUGGAAAACUGAUAUGUGUGUCAUGGACAUGUGAAGUACCCGACAUCACGCCACUCUAUUCAAAUACAAAAUUUUUGUGUGCUCCGGAGCCCGUGAGGAUCCUUAGAUGCGCCGUGGACAAAGACAGCAAACCCAGGAGGCAGGUGAACUAGCACAUCAAAGAGAUUUUUUAAUAAUAGAAGAGGACAAGAAGAGGUUAAGAAAAAUGGUCUAUUUAGGGCAAUGUUGUCAUUAAAUGAUUAACGAGAUCAAGUACAAGUGGGGUAUUUGUGUAGUGUAGUGUUGAAUGAACAGCAUGUGAAAAGCCAUCAGAACACAAUGUGGGCGGCGGUGCUGAGCUGUUUUUUCAUAUUAUUCGGUGUGACAGCUGGCGGCGGGGGCUGGGAACCCUUGGGGCAACCGUACUUCGACAACAGCACGAAGCGCGAGGCCACCGCCGCCGUUGGCCAGCCCGCGUACCUUCAUUGUCGUGUACGAAACCUUGCUGAUAGAGCGGUCUCCUGGAUCCGUAAACGGGACUUACACAUCCUAACUGUGGGUGUCCAUACGUAUAGCAGUGAUGCGCGCUUCGCUGCCCUUCACGCAGACGGUUCAGAUGAAUGGACGCUCAGAGUGGCUCCUGCUCAGCCCCGGGACUCUGGCGCUUACGAGUGUCAAGUGUCCACUGAGCCUAAGAUUAGUCUGUCUUUUCGUCUGACAGUUGUUGUCUCAAAAGCGGAAAUAUUGUCCGGUCCAGAAUUGUUCGUCAGGGCUGGUUCAGAUAUUAAUCUGACUUGCGUCGCGAAACACGCCCCCGAUCCACCAAGUUUCAUCUAUUGGUACCGAGGGGAGCAAGUGGUGAACUAUGCACAACGUGGCGGAAUUAGUGUUGAAACUGAGCAACGUACACGGACUAGUCGACUGUUAAUAGCGCGCGCUGCACCCCACGAUUCUGGCAACUACACUUGUGCUCCGAGCAGUUCCGAAUCAGCAUCGGUGAUAGUCCACGUGCUGAGUGGGGAGCGGCCAGCUGCCAUGCAAAGCUCUGGAUCAACGCCGCAUCACCUCAACCGUGCCAUUCUUACUACUAUCGUAGCUGUCAACCGUCGCCCCACCCCCUGGCUCCUACUUAUUUUACCACUCAUUGGGCACUACAUCUCCUUGACAGCUCUAGUUUUCACUGUUUUAACUGCCAACAUUUUUCUCCAUCUCAUCGAAGCCAUUGGCGGAUCCACAUUAGUAAAAUUGUUUUCAAGAUGACCAAUUUCUAUACGGUUAACUCUACUUACUUCCUAAACGUUCUAAACUACGGAAGAAAAAACAUGUACAGAGUACAUUUGUAUAAUUCUAAUGCAAUAUUUGAACGGAUGUUUAUAUUUGGACGAGUUUAAAAAACUGUUAAUUUAUGUUAGUGAAUAUAUUUGAAAUACAACGAUUUAUUAUUAUCGUAAUAUUUCCUAUGUGGUAAAAUACCGCAAUCCAAAUUAAUAUGCCAAUUUUAUGGUCAGGCACUUCAAACAGUAUAAAACCCUUUUGCUAUUUUAUCCUUUUAUGAAAGGCAAAGUAAAAUAAUUUUGAUAAUAAACGGGCUCUAAGAAGAUUAGCGGGACGCGUUUACUUUACAAGGAGCGUUAUAAGAUUAUCCUUAGCCGAUUCUCCUUUGUUUUUCCAGCUAACUACGCCCGUCGUCUUAAUCCUGUGCCGAGAUUACUAGCGAAUCGAUUUCGUUAUUCCAAUCUGAAACGAACCAAGAUUGAAUGGAAGCAAGAAGCUUAUCUAUAUGUAAUGUAUCUAAGCCUUCAGUUGCUCUCUUUACCACGUUAUUUGCCUUCGAUCUAGUUGCACAAACAAUCGUCGAUAGUGUUCAUGUGUGAUGACGAUUCUCAUUCCGGCAAUCAACUUUCUCGAUCCCUUUGAUCUCAGUUCGCAAUUCGCAUUUUGAAAAUAUAUUUACUGAAUAGUUAUAAAAAUAUCUAAGUACAGAAAACAAAACCAAAAUAAAAUUAUGUAGCCAAGUCGUUUCUAGAAACAUUAAAUAAACAUCUGUUCAUUCGCACGUGUAUUAUUUUUCUGCCUUAAUUUAAAUAGAUUUGAUUAUAUGACAAAUAUAUUUUACAAUCUAUCAAUUUACGUAUAUCUUAUUUAUAUUAAAAAUAUUUUAUAUACGAUGCAAAGUAUUAAUUUUUCACUUAAGCAAAUUUAUUAUUUUGCUAAUUACAAAAUAAAUAAUAUAAAAAUGUUAUAUGACGCGAUAACCAACCGAGUACGCUAUAAAUCAACAGCGAUUCAAGUUGCCUGUGGUUGCGGCGUGGAAAAUAAUUGUAUUUAAAAAUAUUAACAACGAUUUUCUGUUAAAACAACCUUGUACUUAAAUUUCACAGGCAACAAAUCCACAUUUUUAGACAUCAAAUGUACGAGUACCUCCAUAAAUUAAAACUUGGUGUUAUUAUUUUUACCUUUAUUAUAAUUUACAUAAAAUUAUAAUACAUGCCUACUUAUAAGGAUUUAAACAUUUGAUAAACACUUCGAUAUAUCUGAUACUCCAGCGAUCCUUAGGGAUUUCUUUUUCGUCAAUUGAAGAAAGUAAGAUACUUUUAUACGUUUGACUGUUUAUUUCUUAAGUAUGUACUUGACUGCCUGUCCUUUGCGAAGAAGAACGUUUGUUAGUUUUCAAACGAUCACAUCAAUUGGCCUACUUAUACUCGUAGAUAUUCUUUCCUAUUUUAUAGAACUUUUUAUAUCGCAAAGUAUUUUAAUGUAUAAUUUCCUUCAAUAUAAUUAUAUUACACAGGCGUAAGUAGUAUAUUUAACGAUUCUUUUAAUUCACUGGUUAAAUUUAGAUAAAACAAUAAAACAUUGGCAAAAUUAUAUCAGUCUAUUCAAUUCUGAUAUUUUUGUGAUAAGGUAUGUACUAAAAAAAGGCAGAACAAAAGUUCGGAAGUAAUAACUGAUUAUUACAAAUAAAUAGUUAUGUACCAACAGUGCAAAAGCUAGUGUCUAAAUCAUAAUAAUUAUUUUAAUAUUUAUUAUAUUAUUAAUUGUACAAGUUAAACUAAAUCACAGAUACAAAUUUCACUAGACAUUGUCCCGUUCCAAAUCAUUUCAUAUCAAAUCUGCCGGAUCACUACUAAACGUUGCUCUCAGUUACUUUUGUUUUUAUAUCAUGUUUGUCCUUGUUUUCCUUACUUAUGUUGAAAGAGUGAAGACACAAACAAAUUUACGAGUUUCUAAGUAAACGGACAAGACAAAGGGUAAGUAAGACAUAAGGUCAUUUUAUCAAUGUUUUGUGUGUUUACAACUUUACUUCUUUCAUUUGUAGACAAAUUUAUAAAACUAAUAACUUGUCAUGGACAAGUAAAAACUGUAUUAUAAUGUUACUGAAAAUUUACUUUAGGUUAUGAUAUCAAUAUUAUAAAUAUAGGAUCUUUGAGAAUAAAAUAUUGAAUUACAAUUUUUAAUUCUAAGAGAAUUAGAUUCUGUAAAUAUUAUUAUAGAAGUGUAAAUAGUAAAAGGUGUAAAUAAAAUUAUAUAAUUUACGUUUGUAAUCUCUUGUCAGCCAAAAAUACAUAAGUGUUAUCAGAUUACUUUGAAGCGAUCAUUUUGAAAAACUAUCGCUACCUUGAUGAUGAGUAGUUAACGAAAGGGUUGUGUAUUAAAUUAUCAAAAUGUAGAUGUAUUUAACUACGUUAAUUAAAAAUUUAUAAGCAUACAGAAUAGUAAUAAAAUGAUUGCGGACA